AUGACAGCAGUGAGAGAGGCAGAGAACAGAACAGAUAUGAAUGAACUGACUGGCAGAAGGAAUAACAUCUCACUGCAAGAUGCAGUGACUAUCACUGCAGCUGUAAAAGAAGCAGGAGAAGAAGAAGAUGUGAUAAUGAAAGUGAUGCUUCUGUGGCUCAUUGACAUCAUCACCUUCACCUUCAACCUGGCUUUCUUGGCAGUCACGGAGGCCGCCGCUGCAUUACAAAGAUGUUUACUCACUAGAAAACAUCAGAAUAAGUCCUCUACUGUUCUUCAAGAAUGA